AAUGAUUGUGAUUGUGUGUGGCCUUGCAAACAAAGAGUAGAAAAGUGGAAAUCUGUUCUUUCUGUUGAGAACUACACUGGGUCGAUAUUUAAUGUUCUGACGUUACCACUGUAAUUUAUGCAUCCUCCAGCAGUGAGUCCUGCAACCCAUCGGCCUUCGUUGAAGGUGGCCUUCCGGUGGCAAGACGAGUUCCCGUCCAGAAAGUCAGGACACAGAGAGCAGAUAUCAAGAUCGUCAAAGAACCGACAAAAGUCUUCUACAGUCAUCCUGUGGACGUCGGAGGCAACUGAUAAAAGCAAAUGCAGGCUGUUCUGUCCAGCCUUCUUGAUGAGUUUGGAUUGAAAUGUAAACAGAACUGGACAAGGAUUCACCAUUAACCAGGGAAAACCACUAUGUGUGUGCCUCAUCACCAGUGACCAGCAAAACUGGAAUGAUAUCUUGACCUUUUCUUUCUUGGAUGUGACCAAGUUGGCAAUGAGUGGGGUGAUAUAAUGGCCAGGAACAAAGAUGCUCGGCCCCCAACAUUUGCCGUUAGUGUGGUUGGCCUCUCAGGAACAGAGAAGGAGAAAGGAAACUGUGGCGUAGGAAAGUCUUGCUUGUGCAACCGGUAUGUGCGCCCUGAAGCUGAUAGCUACUAUCCGGAGCACACCUCAGUGCUCAGCACAAUAGACUUUGGAGGCCGCGUGGUUAACAAUGACCACUUUCUGUAUUGGGGGGAUGUGUCCCAUGGAGGAGAUGAGGGCUUGGACUGUAAAAUCCAAGUGAUUGAACAGACAGAGUUCAUUGACGACCAGACCUUUCUUCCACAUCGUAGUACUAACUUGCAGCCCUACACAAAGCGAGCGGCAGCGACCAAGAUCCAGUCAGCGGAGAAGCUAAUGUAUAUUUGUACAGACCAGCUGGGCUUGGAGCAGGACUUUGACCAGAAACAGAUGCCUGAUGGGAAGCUAAAUAUAGAUGGGUUUGUGCUUUGCAUUGAUGUCAGCAAGGGUUGUAACAGGAAGUUUGAUGACCAAAUGAAGUUUGUUAGCAGCCUAUACUCCCAGAUUGCCAAAUCAAAGAAGCCCAUUGUUGUUGCUGCCACCAAGUGUGACGAGUGUGUGGACCAACACCUUAGGGACCUGCAGUCCUUUAUUACUAGCAAGAAGAAUUUGCUGCUCAUUGAGACAUCGGCACGCUCCAACAUCAAUGUGGAUGUUUGUUUCAAUGCCCUAAUCCAGCAGCUGGAUAAGACCAAAGGGAAGCCAAAAACCGUGCAAUACCUUGAAGCCUACAAAAUGCAGCAGCAGGUGGUUGUCUCAGUGACUGAUAAAUUUGAGAAACUGAUGAUGCAGACAGUGAGAGAUUACCAUACUACAUGGAAAAUGGUGAUGAAUACUUUAAAGGGCCAAUCUGACUAUGAGAUGUUCAUCACAUUGGAGGGUUCGAAGAAAGCUCGCAACAUGUUCAACAAACACACUACACAGUUGAAGCGGGAGCAUAUUAAACGGAAGAGGGAAGAAUAUCUAACGGCACUGCCAAAAGCUCUAAACAACCUCCUCAAUAGCCUGGAAGAGAUCGAGCACAUCACUUGGCCUGAGGCACAGAGUUUGAUGAAGAACUUACCUGAUUUCCAGUACUGGUUUGUGGUUCUGGACAAUAUACCAUGGGAUGAGACAGACUACAUUGACGCUAUUGACCGUAGAAUCCCUUUUGACCUUCUUGAUACAGCAGAUGGUGAGAGAAUUUACCAGAACCAUGUCCAGCACCUGCUGUUAGAGAAAAGGAGAGCUGAGAUGAAAGAGAGGUUUAAGAAGACACUGGAAAGGGUUCAUUUUAUCAGUCCAGGGCAGCCUUGGGAGGAGGUCAUGUGCUUUAUAAUGGAGGAUGAGGCUUACAAAUACAUCACAGAAUUGGACAGGAGGGAUGUUUACUGUAAACAUCAGCAAGAAAUUGUUGAAAGGGCGAAAGAAGAAUUUCAAGAGAUGCUUUUUGAGCAUGCUGAGCUCUUCUAUGACUUGGAUUUAAAUGCUACCCCCAGUGGCGACAAGAUGAGUGAAAUUCACAGCGUGCUGAAUGAAGAGCCCAGAUACAGAGCACUUCAGAAACUUGCACCAGAUCGAGAGUCACUUCUCCUCAAACACAUUGGCUUUGUGUACCAUCCCACCAAAGAGACUUGCCUGAGUGGGCAGAGCUGUGUGGAUCUAAAAGUGGAGCAUGUUUUAGCAAACAGGUUGGUACAGCUGGAUCAUGGACGCUCUAAUCUCUAUUACAACUAUGCCAACCUUGAAAAAAUCAACCUUUGCCUCCUGGGAAGGGAGGGUCUUGCACAGGAACUGGCCAAUGAAAUCCGAGCGCAGUCAACAGAUGAUGAGUAUGCCUUAGAUGGUAAAAUUUAUGAACUAGAGCUUCUUCCUGUGGAUGUCAACUCCACGCUGCUCUUCAGCCACACCUGGAUCUCAUCUUUCAAGCCUCACGGAUGCUUCUGUGUGUUCAAUUCCAUUGAAUCCCUUAAUUGUAUUGGUGAUUGUAUCAGCCGAAUCAGAGCAGAGGUAGCACAAACCAAGAGUGAGAGGUUUGCUCCAUCACUGACCUUCAUUCUAAUCCUGGCCAAUCAGAGAGACAGCGUCUGUAAAAAUAUCCCAAUCCUGAAGCAUCAAGGCCAACAGCUGGCAAAUAAACUCCAGUGCACCUUUGUUGAUAUUCCCUCAGGGAACUUUCCACGUAAAUUCACAGAGUUCCAAAUUAAGCAGGGCCUCCGAGCUGUGCUUGAAGGACUCAAGCAUAACUAUGAUGUCUUGACCCCGCUGCCCUUGAUCAAAGACAUGUCAGAAACUGAUCUUAGGAUAGUCAUGUGCGCCAUGUGUUGGGAUCCUUUCAGCGUUGACCUCAUCCUUUCUCCUUUUCUAGAUUCACAUUGCUGCAGUGCAGGGCAGCCAGGUCAGAGCAACACCCUGAUACUGGACAAAAUUAUUGGUGACAGCCGGAGGAGGAUCCAGGUGACUGUCUUCUCAUACCACUCUGCAAUUGGCGUCCGCAAGGAUGAACUAGUGCAUGGCUACAUUUUGGUGUACUCUGCCAAGCGCAAGGCUUCUAUGGCAACCCUGCGAGCAUUCCUAGCUGAGGUCCAGGAUGUGAUUCCUGUACAAAUGGUGGCAAUCACAGACAGUCAGGCAGACUUUUUUGAGAAUGAUGCUAUCAAGGAGUUGAUGACUGAAGGAGAACACAUCGCCACAGAGAUUGGUGCCAAGUUUACUGCGCUGUACUCACUGUCACAAUAUCACCGACAGACGGAGGUAUUUACGCCAUUCUUCAAUGAUGUAUUGGAGAAGAAGUCAAACAUUGAGAGUUCUUUUCUGUUUGACACCUCUUCAAGGGAAUGUGUGACUGGUGCCAGUGAAGAUGUUUUCCCAACCUCACCUCACAGCCAUUCCCUUGCCUACAACACUUACUAUCCUGACUCAGAUGAUGAUAAUGAAGCCCCUCCUCCCUACAGUCCAAUAGGUGAUGACGUCCAGCUUCUUCCUACACCAAAUGAACGCUCCAAGUAUCGCAUUGAUCUAGAGGGCAAUGAAUACCCAGUCCAUAGCACGCCUGUUGGAGAACACGAACGCAACCAUAAAGUGCCUCCACCAGUCCGGCCCAAACCAGUGCUGAACAGGCCUGGUGUAAAAAAGCUGGAUCCCAACCUGCUCAAAACCAUUGAGGCUGGCAUGAGAAGCAACCGCAGAAUGCUGCGUGGCCCAGUGAUGCAUAGUGAGGAUGUGGAGGCCUCAGACAACUACGCGGACCCUGUGGACACACUUCUAAAGUCCAAGGGCUUUAACAGUGAUGAUAUCUAUGCUGUGCCUGAUGAUGCACAUAGCCACCUGGUCAAAAUCAGGGACUCCUUUGGGGGGUUGUACACUCAUCAUGGAGGAGGAGGCAAGGAAGAAAAUGGAUUUGACCGUAAGUCCCAGGUUGGACGACGGCCAUCAAAAUAUAAACAUCGUUCUAUCCUUUUUAGUAGGACAAAGGCCUACCAGAGACGCUUCCACUCAGACAGUGAUGGGGAGGAAUCUGGACCUGCUACACAGAAAAAGAAAAAGGGGAGGGCUCACAGAGGCAGUGAGGAAGAUCCAUUGUUGUCCCCUGCUGACCCUUGGAAAGGUGGGAUAGAUAAUCCAGCCAUCACUUCAGACCCAGAGCAGGAUGACAAGAAGAUGAAAAAGAAAAAGAUGCCCAAGAUGUCAAAGGAAGUGAAGAAGAAAGCUUCCAAGCCUCCAAAGCCUCUGUACCCCCCCACUCGGAGGACGUGGGAGAGCACGUACUUUGGCGUUCCCCUGCAGAACCUGGUGACUCCAGAACAACCCAUCCCGCUCUUCAUUGAGAGAUGUGUGGACUACAUUGAGCAAACAGGUCUGACAACAGAAGGUCUGUACCGGGUCAGUGGGAACAAGACGGACCAGGACAACAUUCAGAAACAGUUUGAUCAGGAUAACUGCAUCAACUUCAUGGCGAUGGAUGUGGCGGUUAACGCUGUAGCCGGAGCACUGAAGGCUUUCUUUGCUGACCUGCCUGACCCACUACCGUACAGCCUGCACCCUGAUCUUGUGGAAGCUGCAAAAAUCUUGGACUACAUGGAGCGCCUACAGGUCUUAAAGGAAAUUGUCAAGAAGUUUCCUCCUGUGAACUAUCAGGUCUUCAAAUACAUCAUUACACACUUAAACAGGUAAUGCACACAGACUCCACAGCUGUUUUGUGUUGACAUGUCAGUAUACACGAUUCGGUUGCUGCAUCAUUGUGCAAGUGAUAUUUGACAAGUUUUAAGUCAGUAAUACUGUGUUAUGUAUUCUAUGGCAGUGUUUUUGUGGAACGCUUGCAAACGACCUGGUAGGCAGUGGGUCCGUUU